GUGUGUUUUCCCGUUGGUUGCGGCACAUGUACUACGCUGCAGGUGGUGUGUUGACUGUUGUUUAGACGUAGUACAUUCAACUCAGAAGACGUGUUGCGUUAUGCUUGGCGUUGAACUCUAAGGAAGCAUCAUGAAUAGCGUAGCGGUUAUCCCAAAAGAGAACGCACGCUACUGUGACGUCGCUUACUGGGAUGACAGGUAUCGAAAUGAGGACACGUACGACUGGCUGCUUCCCUACCAUACGUAUGCCCAUCUCAUCAGGCAACAUGUCCAAAGUACUGACCGGAUACUCAUGUUAGGUUGCGGAAAUAGUCCUCUUAGUGAGCUGCUGUACAAGGAUGGCUUUAGGAACAUUGAAAACAUUGACUACUCUCACGUUGUGAUCAACAACAUGUCAUCACAUUGCAGUGACUGCGCCCAGAUGAAAUGGCACGUCAUGGAUGCCACACACCUUCAGUUUCCAGAUGGCUCGUUUGAUGUUGUAAUCGAAAAGGCCACCAUUGAUUCCAUGAUGGUAAAAGAAAAAGACCCGUGGAAUGUUUCAGAGCCAACCAGAGUGACGGUGACGAAAGUCCUAAAUGAGAUCAGUCGUGUGUUGCGUAGAGGUGGCCGUUUCAUCUCUAUCACAUUUGCACAGCCUCAUUUCCGAAGCCCACUCUAUGCCGACAUCCAGUUCAACUGGUCUCUCGACACGUUCAAGUUUGGCACCAGCUUCCACUACUUCUGCUACGUCAUGACCAAGGGCCAAGAACUCUCGUUGGACGCCACAACCAGUUACCAUCUGCCUGUCUUUCAUCGGAAUUCCACGACUAGCCAAAGCAGUGAACCUGAAAAUGAGGACUUCCUUUUGAAAAUCUUAGCCUCCUGACACUAGGAGAAAAUUUAGUUCUUUAUAGGGUUUGUAACUUUUAUCUAAGACUGAAAUUGAUGGGAGAGGCAUUUAAGGCUGUCAACACCCAGAUAAGCAUUUCAGGGCAAAGAUGAAAAGUACUGUUUAAUUUGUAUACACUGUCUUGGCUUAAAUGGUUGGCUCAUAAUUUUCUGAAAUUCAGCGGACACUUUUUUUUUUUUUGACAACACAGAAGGGAUAUGUCAUUUUGUUUCAUUCUGUGUUGUCAAAAUAUGUGUCGGCUGUAUUCCAGAAGAGGAAAAUGCUUUUGAAUGUUUCUCAUUAUGUCUUUUAAUAUUUGGCUUUGCAUACCUUUUAUUCUUCAUCUUGCUAGUUCUGUUCUGCUUGGAGGGACACUAAAGUUACACUGUAUUAUUAACUUGUGCUGUUGAAAUAGCAUAGCAGCAACACUUAUCCUGAAGGGAGGCUUGGUUAGUUGGAAAGGAUGUAGGAACAAAAAUGAGUGACAGUGCCACUUUGAAGCAUCUGCACUCACCCACUAUGACAUCAUGGAUUUUAACAGCAUUUAAUUUAAUACUCAGUACUAGUUGAUAGUUUUUCGGUAAAGAUGGACUACAUUUUAGCAUAGAGAAACCAGAAAAGGCUCUGCCUGGCACAUUUUGAGAACUUUUCUUGCACGAAGGAUGCCCUAUAAGUAUGGGAAAUCUUUGAAUCCGUGAUGCCCGCACUGACGUACUGGCAGCAAGGUAUUUGAGCAAACUAUUAAAAAUAGUAAGUUUCAUUUCCUCCAUUAAUGAUCAACCUCUUUCAGUCAAACGAGUGAAAAUAGAGAUUCGAAAAAAUGCCUUACCAGUAUAAAUUAAUUUUAGAGUUUCUCUUUAGUGUCCCUUUAAGGAGAACACUCUAAAAAAAGUUUACACCCUUUGGGUCGUAUCUUGUCCCCAGACAAUAAUUGUCAUCUACCUUGCUUGCGUUUCCUUCCUUGAAAACUCAGUGGUCGUUGCUGUCCUGCCGAGAAUGCUGUGUCACUCUGAUAACGUGCAAGCCUUUCGUGACUAGGAAUUACCGGGCUUGCAGAGUUAAAGAAAGGAAAUGUGGACAAGACACAUAACGAUUAUUCUUGGGGGACAAGACACAACCCAGAGGCCGCAAAUGUUUUUUUGAGUGAAGCUUUAGCUCGGGAGCUCCUAUCUAAAUACAUGGCAAAGGAGAAAUCGUUUUUCUCUGCAACCAGUGCACCAAAUUUGAUGAGGUUUUGUGCAUUUAAAAGCAAAAUUUAAAAUCUAGUGACUCUUGGUCGCGAAUUUUUGAUUUAGGUCAUCAAUUUUAAUAAAGAUUCACAAAAAUUGCAAAUUUUCAGAAAAUGAAACUAUCAAGUUUACAACUCUAACUAAGCAGUGAAACGAUAUCACAAUUCUGUAAAUUGCGCCUAAUAGUACAUAUAAAGGGGACAAAAGUGAUAUAUUAUGCAUGGGCUCUAACUAAACCACUAAUAUGUCAGUAAAACUUUUGCAAAACCCUUGUAAACAAUGGGACAAAUUCACAUAACAUAUAAUUUGACAUAUCAAGUUUGUCUACUGUGGAUGCUCUAAUGGAUGCAGUUUACAGAUCUGCGGUAUCUGUUCUUGGUGCAGAGCUACAGAUUUGUAAACUUCGUGCUUGGUAUUUUUUUUUUCUAACUUGCAAUUUUUUAAAAUUCCUUUUCAUACAUUCAGACCAUAAAUCGAAAUUCUGCUUCCAACUGUCACUAGAAUUUAACUUUCUGAAAUGCAACAAAUUUCAAUAAAAUCGGUCCUGUGGUUAUCUCAGAAAAGCGUGUCUACGUUUUACACGUAUAUGAAUAGGCGGCAUCAGAGUUGGGGCCCGAGCUAAAGCUUCCGCUUGCAGGUCAGGGGUAGCUAAAGCUUUUGAAUUCUACAUAUGUGCAAAGCACCCUUUCUUGGGCAUCGGGACUUACAUUUGUCGCUUAAAACACAUUGGAAGAUGCAGUGAGCAGUAGAAAGUGCCGCAAUCACGGCGGCUUUGCGGAAACUACGGGCCUUUUCUGCACGAGAUGUCGUGGUGCUGACGGAUUCCAAGUCAGCAUUACAGAGAUUGCAUCGUGGCCUACCUCUAGAGAAAUUUACAAGGCAAUCUCUGGCACUGAUUAACGAUGUAACAAGCAAAGGAUUUAAUAUAAGAUUCCAGUGGAUACCAUGAUACAUCACACGUAGGAAUUGAUGGAAACGAGAAAGCUGACGCCUUUGCACGCCUAGCGCUGACAUGUGUCCCAAAAGUGAAAGCUCCGAAAGUUUUUCAGAACCCUAAGGGUGCAAUCCGCCUUCACUUUAGGGAGAUCCACAAGAAUCCCCACGAAGCCUGUGUGACUCAUGGAGUUACCCGCGAAGAAGCGACGCUUUUAUACCGCAUCAGGACCGACUCCGCGCACACCACAGCUUGGUUAUUCAAGACUGGGCUUCGCGCUUCCCCAUUCUGUGCUUCCUGUGGUGACAUUGGUUACAUCGAACAUUACAUUUGGAUAUGCCCGCAGUUUGACAAAGAAAGAAAAGCGAUGAUCGACAGCCUACAAAAGAGCGGUCUUAUGCACAGGACCUUUGAAGACGUCGUUUUCCCUGGAGGACCUGCGACAACCAGGAAGAGAGUGCAACGACUGCUGAUAGCCUUCCUGCGAGACACGGGGCUCAUCGACACUUAAUGACACACCCCUGAUCUCAACUCGAAGGAGGAUCAGGCGGAACAAUUGCCGGCUAUGUAUGCCAGGCUAACCCCGCCUGCUUCAACAUCAUCACCACCACCACCAGCUUCUCCCUUUUGUUUUGUUGUGUUGCUGUGCCAUAUUUUAGUGCAUAAUUUAGUGCCUUCAUCUAACAUUGGUGAAAGGGUAAUCAAGAGGUUGAGAUUGCCAAGAUUGCCAGAGCUACAUGAUGGACUGUGAGGAACAACGUAUUGGAGGACUAGGGGAUCAAUUUUCACCCGCUGGGGUUUCUUAACAUGCACAUAAAACAUAAGCAUAAGAGCAUUUUAGCCAUUCUGCCCCAUCCAAGUGUGGCCACUGCGGUCAAGAGUUGAGCCUGCAACGUAAUAUGUAUUACCAAGAAGAAAAAAAAAAGUAUCUAUAUAGUAUGUCUAUUUUUGUGCAUGUGUGUGGUGUUAUACUGAAGUUUACAAAUUUUCUAUUGUGUGUGACUGUGUGAAAGAAGUUGUGAGUAUUGCUGUAUUCUGCCAUCAUUCCUGGUGCGUGAUUAAGCCGUAAGCUUUUUUUUUUGCUACAACCAGCAGCUCUGAUCUGGAAACUAGGCCAGCUAUGCUUGCUUGUUUGUCACGCUUGAGUUGAAGCACAGCUUGAUAUAACAUCACAUAUACCCGGAAUCAAACAAAACAUUAUGCAGGUUCAAGCUGAAUCAUCUAAGUACAACUCCAUGGCUCUGUCGCGCAACCAACAGAAGAUAAUACUCUGUCGCCAUUGAGUUCUCCAACAUCAGAAAAUGUCUCAAAAUGAGCAAUAUUGUUGUGUAAUUAUUAGUUUCCAGAACUUGUAGUUUUGUACCAUAUUGCUGAGUGCCCAUUAACGUGUUACGUGUGCUGCCCGCCAAUUGAUGGUGCUAGGGACAGCAUGCGACAAGAAAGAAAUCUGGAGGGAAAAUCUGUACGAUGGCACACUGGGCAGUAUUUUGAUAUUUGAGGCCCGAGCUGUCUGCCUCAGGACAAAAACAUACUGAAGCAAGUAUUCGCAGCGGGAUGGGGCAUGUGUAUGCUGCAACAAAAGUCCAGAAACGACUUGGAACACACAAGACCCAUAGAAAGCGUACACCUUCCUCAAGUGCUGGGAUUCAAAGCAGAUUGAAGCAUUAACUGGUCAGCAGUCGAUAUGAGCAAGCGAUGUUUAGAGUAUCGCUGGCAAAAAAUGCAGGAAAGAAAACCUGGGUUGUUACAGGCAUAGGUAACUGUUCAGUAUAGGGACAGGGGUUUCGAUGAAGAACAAGGAGAGAGAGACAAAAUGCUGGACUGUGAUAUAUGUAGUAAAACCUGAUUAGAUAAAGGAGGCUAGGUGAUUUGUCACCGCCCCUUUUCAAAGGGGAUGCCAGUGAAAAUCAGCAUCACAUCUGCUGAUGCAUUUUGCUAACUGCUGCAAGGUAUGCAAAACUGGGACUGUCAUCCACAGCGGCGCUUGCUAAAGGACCACAUGCAAAUCGCAUCUGUUUUCUGCAAACAUGAUGUAUUGUCUACAUUGCGUGUUUAGUCGAACACCAUGUUAAAUGUUGAGCGUCGUCAUCCACAAGUAUCCAAGUACUUCAAGUGGUAUUAGACUGUUAAUGUUUUCCAAGAGUAAAUUUAUCCGCGUGUCAGCAGCUCACAAUUGCAGUUUGCAGUGAUUAAGGAGUCAGUGGAUUGUGCGUUGCUUUCUCUUCGUCGUGUUUUUUCCGUCACUGUCAAAAAACAUUCUGCACUUUUUUUGAACUUCGUACCCUGUAACCUUCUUGCAUCAGAGCCAGUCACUGCCGUUUUAUACAAUCCCGUCUUUUUAUAUAAACUUCUACAACACCUCAAGGAUAGAAUGUGAACCAAGCUUAUACCCUCCUUGUGCAGCAAGUGUAUUCUCAUUGCCAACAGAUGCCACUGAUUCAGCCGAAAGUCCGUUUCCAUGGGUUCAGCUAUAAAGCAGCUAUAUCAUAAUGCACGUCUACUACAAUAUUAAAGACACAGUGAACUAAACUGUCGCAAGUUGAGAAAAUUGGCACGCUGAAUUGUACUAAAGACUAAAAGGAAUGUGGCAGCUGUCAGAAGUGGUGUCGGCUGCCGUCACUGUUGCUGGCGUUGAGACAGUGUUAACGCACUCGGUUAAAUGCUCAGAAGUGGGUAUUAACCCACUUCUGCGCAGCCCAAACCACAAUAUCCUCUUUUUGUUCUGGAAAUAAACUCAUGGUCUUCGGCCAAACAUCAGUGGUGGGCUGGGAGCAAGCAGUGCCACAUUGACGAGGGCCAUCAAAGUCCAGUGAUGCUUAAAAAGUUUCAUUUAGCGCAAGAAAUGUUGCAUAAUUUAGCACCACCUCUUGUAGAUUAUGCCUUUUUCUUCAAGUCGCUGUAUUCCAUUAUAUAAUUUGUCCAUUGCAGCAGCGACGAAAUUACACUUGCUAGGGAUCUCUCUUGUUGGAAAUGAGAUUAGCUAUACAUACCUGUUGCACAAUGACAAAAUUUAAUCUAGUGCUUAGUCUGAAAAGCACACUAUGGCAAAAUGUGGCAUCGUUGUCUGAUGGCGGUGGAGGAUCUGCUAUGUGAGCACACGGACGUGGAGCCUCCCGCGGCAUGCUUCAUGUGUGUGUGCCUGCUCCUCUUCACUUGAAUUUGUUUCUUUUUAUCCUCUCAUUCUCUUAGUCUUGCACUAUCAGCUUAAAUUCAAAUGUGAACAAUUCCGAAACUGCUACAAUGCAUUGUUCCAUGGUUCGCCUGCAUUUGUAACAGUGACCUAAUUUGGACUCAAGAACGUACGCUUGGGGCUAUACUUCAUGCAUAGAAAGUGACCACGGUGUGAUUACACGUCAUACUUCCCAGGGAAUUAUGUGUAACAGGCAUUCUGAUCAGUUAUUUCUUGUUUGCAUUUCAGUUCGUGUUGAUGGUACGUUUUGUCUUCACACAUAUGUGCACACUUCUAGAGUUUCUACAUACUGUCUGCUAUGUAUAAUUUUGUUUGUAGCGUUCAACCUUGCGAGCUCAUAAGUAGUGCAUUGCUUUGCCUUGUUUGCUUCUCCCCAUUUUCCUUCUCAUUAUAUUUACGCAUUUUCUCUUCCUGGCAUUGUUUAAUUUCCUUUCAUGCGUGCUCAUUGUCUGAAAGAAAGAGGAAUAAGUUCCUUUUUUCUGUCACUGUGAUACCUGCUUGUAUGCACAGUUCUCUGUGACCCUUAUGAAGGCCAGUCAGCCAUAUGAAACUGUUGGACAUUAAAGCUCGAAACUCGGAUCACCACGAAAUUGUACAGCCUCCCUUUUUUUUUUAACUCAAAUUACUGCCUGGUCCUUUGCAGAACUCUGUGUGUGGGUGUGCAUGAAUGCACAAAUACAGUUGAAUCCUUUAUAACAAAGUGCUUGGGCCCUCUAAAAUUAUUCGUUAUGCAGGUCACUUCAUUGUAAAGGUUGCACACUGUACUGCUCACAAUAGAACUGGGACAGAAUUAUUUUCCUUUGUGAUACAAAUCAUUUAGUUGUAGAGGCGUUCGACUGUACAUAUUUGGAGCUCGGUGUUUUAGCAGCGCUGGUGUGCAGGUGGUGGGUAGUGUUUGUAUCUUCGGUACAAACAGGAUUGCCUGCACAAACAGGAAAAUCCAGGGGGGGGGGGGGGGGGUG